UGACACUCCCUUUCGUGUGGUUUCCUCUGUUAUAGAUGUAGGCGCAUCACAACUUCCCGUCUGAACUUAUCAGUAACACCACCAGAGCACAGGAGGGGAGCGGUCCCGAAAUAAACACCAAGCGAGGAUAGGGACACAAGUUUGUGAAAUGAAGGACAAGCCACCGGAGGAAUGGAACACUGGAGGAAGAACAAGGAAGACAAAGGCCAAGAAAAGUGACCUGCGGGACAAGCCGAUCCCUAUGAGGGAGAAGCAGAGUCUGAGGGAGGCUCAUCAGACUGGAAGUCCUCGAUUCUGGAUUCCCUUUACCCAAAAAUAUUGCUCAUGUCUGCGUCCCGCCUGGGCCAAAAGCCUGCAGAUCCUGGCAACAAUGAAGCUGUGGCAGAAGACACUUAUCGCCAUCAGAGGGAAGUUCGGUUCCAGUAUCAGCUCCUAUUUCUCCUUCCUGCGUUUCCUGAUGCUGCUGAAUUUCAUAUCAUUUCUUCUUACCACCGGCCUGGUCAUCAUUCCCACCGCGUCCCUCAAAGGCUCCACUCACCGUCUUCAUGCAGCACCUUGUGGAAACGUGACUUCCUUACCCAUUAGAUCCUUUCAUGAUGCUCUACUGGACGUCUUCACCGGAGAAGGCUUCAUGGAAGACACUUACCUUUUCUAUGGACAUUACAGUGAGAUGACGGGAUCAGAAUCUUCAUUCAAUACCCGGGUGGCUUACCUGCUCACCCCUCUCCUCUUCUUGUCUCUGUGUGGGCUUGGCCUCCUGCAGAGCACAGUGAAAGGGAUAACACAAAGACGAAUUCGGACCCGAGACUACCGAACCCCCAUCAGCAUCCGAGUGUUUGCAGGUUGGGAUUUCUGUGAACGAGGAGCUGGGACGUCAUCGCUUAAACAACGAAGCCUCAGCAAUGACUUGAAGUCUCACCUGGCAGAGGAGCGUUGGUAUUGGGAGAACUCAAAAAUGUCUGUUAAUGAAAGGGUGCGUGUCCUCGUACUUCGUGUCCUGCUGAACUGCGUCAUCCUGGCAAUAAUGGCGGGCGGAUUCUAUUGUAUAUAUGCUGCCACUGGUAUCUCUCAGGAUUAUGAGCAGAAGUCAGGUAGUCCAGUUGCCGGACUGGUGAUCCAGUAUCUCGCCCAGAUUGUUAUGUCACUGGUUCUCUUUAUCUUGCCCCAGUUCUUCAUACUGCUGGUGAAAUUUGAGGGUCAGUCCCCCCGUGUGGAGAUCACCCUCAUCCUCAUCAGGUGUGUCUUCCUCAGGCUCGGAGCUCUGGGAAUUUUCUUCUUUUCCCUGGGUCAGAAGUUUCUGUGCCUGGGUGGCAGUCAGGCGCCCUGUAAGACCUGCGGAUACAACUCACAAUUUAAGUGCUGGGAGACGUCGUUGGGACAGGAAUUCUACAAGCUCUCCGUGCUCAACUUCCUAGAACUGGUGAUGGAGUUCCUGCUUGUCCAGCUUCCCCGCAGGUUCCUGGUCUCCAGGUCGCAGUGCCGUGUGGUCCGUUGGUUCGGCAAGGAAAAAUUCUGUCUCUCCCAGAAUGUCCUGGACACGGUGUACAGCCAGACGCUGGUGAUGGGGGGAAUGUUCUACGCCCCCUUACUUCCACUUCUCAACCUCAUCUUCAUCUUCAUCACCUUCUAUAUUAAAAAGUAUUCUCUGUACCGGCUCUGUGACGUGUCCAAGAGGCUGUACCGAGCCUCCACCAUGAGGAUCAUUUUUUGCUUUGUCCUUCUUUUGGGGCUCAUCACCGUCUUCCUGCCUUUGAUUUAUCUUGUGACCAGUAUCCGUCCAUCUCACUCCUGUGGCCCGUUUGCUGAAUACAACACUCCCUGGGAGGCCCUUCAGAACAGCACUCGCUCAGCGCUGCCCCCUACAGUCCUCACAGUGUUGAGAUAUGCCACCUCAGAGCCCAGCGCCUACACCCUGCUCUUUGUACUUUGCCUCGCGCUCACUGCCCUUGCGUCCCGGGUGCGUCAGAACGAGAAGGAUGUGGAGCAGCUGAAGGAUCUUUUGUCCAAUCAAAUCGAAGAUAAAGAAUUUCUGGUACAAAGACUGAAAGAGACAGAAGAGCGACAAAGCCAUGACACAGAAGAUGACUUUCAUUCUUUGUGAUGUGGCCGGCCGAGUUUGAAGAGCGAAUGGAAAUUCAGCUGACCUGGCAACUUUUCUCUCAUUGCACCCAAAACCACACAUUUGUUCCUGAGACUAUUGUGAGAGACACACAAUGGGGUUUUAACUGUGAAUUAAACUCCCUUCAGUAAUUGGAAGAUGCCGGCUUUAUUAAGGGACUGCUUGCCUUAAAGAGAAGUACCGGUGCUGUUUGCUCUCCUUUUAGCUGACCCAUAGCGCUCUGUGAAUCCUUUGUCAUGGAUUUUUAUUUUUUUAAUAAAAAAAUAUAUAUUUUAAAU